AUGCCUAGCGCCACGGGAGAGAACUGGGAGAAGUACAAGAAGAACUUCGCCGAUGAAGAAGAGCCGGAGAAGAAGAUCACUCCUCUCACAGAUGAUGAUAUCGCAGUAUUGAAGACGUACGGCGCCGCUCCCUACGCGAAUGCCUUGAAGAAGUUGGAGAAGCAGAUCAAAGACAAGCAGAACAGCGUAAACGAGAAGAUUGGCGUUAAGGAAUCCGACACUGGUCUUGCACCUCCACACCUUUGGGAUGUUGCCGCGGACCGACAACGCAUGGCAGAGGAGCAACCGCUACAGGUCGCUCGCUGCACGAAGAUCAUUCAAGAUGAGAAGGAUACGGACAAGAGUAAAUACGUCAUCAACGUCAAGCAGAUCGCCAAGUUCGUUGUCAAUCUAGGGGAACGUGUGAGUCCUACGGAUAUCGAGGAAGGCAUGCGAGUCGGUGUCGACCGGAAUAAGUACCAGAUUAUGCUUCCCCUCCCGCCCAAGAUCGACCCCAGCGUGACGAUGAUGACGGUCGAAGACAAGCCCGACGUGACGUACGGCGACGUUGGUGGGUGCAAAGAACAGAUCGAGAAGCUGCGAGAAGUCGUGGAGAUGCCCUUGCUAUCGCCAGAGCGCUUCGUCAAUCUCGGUAUCGACCCGCCCAAGGGUGCUCUGCUUUACGGCCCUCCCGGAACCGGUAAGACACUCUGUGCUCGAGCCGUCGCCAACCGAACAGACGCCACCUUCAUCCGUGUCAUUGGUAGUGAACUGGUUCAGAAAUACGUGGGUGAGGGUGCCCGGAUGGUUCGAGAGCUAUUCGAGAUGGCGCGUACCAAGAAGGCCUGCAUUAUCUUCUUCGACGAAAUCGACGCGGUCGGUGGUGCUCGUUUCGACGAUGGCGCUGGCGGAGACAACGAAGUGCAACGUACCAUGCUGGAACUGAUUACCCAACUGGACGGAUUCGAUGCCCGCGGUAACAUCAAGGUCAUGUUUGCCACCAACCGACCGUCGACUCUGGAUCCUGCCCUCAUGCGUCCUGGACGUAUUGACCGUAAGAUCGAGUUCUCUCUCCCGGACGUCGAGGGCCGAGCCAACAUUCUCCGGAUUCACGCCAAGAGCAUGUCGGUGGAGCGCGACAUUCGAUGGGAGCUGAUUUCUCGACUGUGCCCCAACGCCACGGGUGCGGAACUCCGCAGUGUUGCGACGGAGGCCGGUAUGUUCGCCAUUCGGGCGCGCCGGAAGGUCGCCACGGAGAAGGACUUCCUGGCUGCCGUGGACAAGGUGAUCAAGGGCAACCUGAAGUUCAACUCGACGGCAACCUACAUGCAGUAUAAUUAG